UGUGUGCAAGACAAAUGCACGACAACAAAGAUACUAACCUCGUCCCGCAGCUGCAACAAGGAGGCUGGAGCGGAGGAGGAACAAACAUGGCGGCUGGCUAUGCGUGGUUUCUUGUGCUGGGUUCGGUUUUUCUGUGCAAUCUCAUGAAAACCCUCCUGCCGACCAUUUCCUCUCUCCUCUCCAAGAUGGUGCAGAAAGAUGCCGAGCAGGAGAGUGAGAUGAGGGUUGAAGUCCAGGAGAUGAAGAAGGAGCAGGCCUCGAUCAGCAUGAUGGACGAGUUUGCUAGAUAUGCCAGAUUAGAGCGCAAAAUCAACAAGAUGACAGACAAGCUGAAAUCACAUGUGAAAUCAAGAACAGCGCAACAAGCCAAGAUGAAAUGGGUGGUGAACAUCAUCUUCUAUAUACUGCAGGCUGCUGUGAUGAUCUCCUUGAUAUGGAAGUAUUACUCUGACCCAGUGACGGUGGUCCCUAGCAAGUGGAUUGCCCCAGUGGAGCGCCUUGUGGCCUUCCCAACAGGAGUUGCAGGUGGAGUGGGAAUCACAUGCUGGCUGGUGGUUUGUAACAAAGUGGUUACGCUGGGUCUCCAUGCCAUCAGCUAGAGAUGGCGGCGGAGUUAAAUACACUCGUUCUCUAACUUAUUGCUCAACAUUCAGUUGAUGAAAGCCUUAUUUUGUGUUUAAUUUCAGAUCAACAUGUAAGAAUGCAGUGCAUUUUGGCGUCGGCUGAUUCAUAGUGCAACAUAUUUUUUUUUUGGAGAUGUUGAAUUUUGUUCUUUUUGUUACGAUGAUUUUAAGUUAAUUGUGAGAAUAUAUUGACUGAAUUGUACCAAAACAAUGGUUUUGAAAUGCCUUUUUUUAAGAAAAUAAAACAUUAAGGAAAGAUUGUAAUGUCAUAAUCUGGGAAUUCACAAGCAAACACAAGUAUGGUAGAUGUCCUUGACAUAAAAUUGUGAUGCACUAAAACAAAGCAGAUGGAUCACAAUGCACCGUGUGUAGCUUUUGGUCAAACGAUCAUUUAUUCAGAGGAUUUACACAACAGUUCUCCACUUUUCCCUUGAGUGGCAGCUGGAGAGUUUAGGUGUAUCUCACAUUAUUGACCUCAGUUCUGAUGUUCGGGUCCUUUUCUCUCCGGUUCAGUCAAAUUCAGCGACUGUUCCUCUGGUUUCUGCUCUUCUUCCAUCAUCUGUGGGGCCUCUUUUUCUCCGGUACACUCUUCCUCUGUUGAUAUUCUUGGCCCUUCUGAACUACUACACCGCUCACUGGUGUCUGAGAAGAUAUUUUGUUGUUAUAGUUUCUUUUAAUAAAUACUGAAUACUUUACAAAGACCCCA